CGCAACGGCAAAGUGAGUUGGCGCCUGCACGGAUAACGGUCGUGCCGUUUUGGUCGGUAUGGAGCUCGUGCGCAAGUCGUCCCAUGGGCUGCGCUACGCGCCGUCGUCCUCCAAGAAGAAGGCGACCAUGACGGUGAUGCCGUACUCUGGUUUGGGCCAGCUGUCCUCUUCCGACGACGAAGUCGACGAGCAGCUUCGCCGCGAAAGCCAAGAGGGGUCCCCCACGUACCCGUCUCGGUGGGUACCCCCCGUUUCCCGCCACAACAACAACCAAGAGACCGAGGUCUCCCCUCGAACAUCCUCGAUAUCGUCCCUUUACGACCCCCCCAGCGACGUCAAAGCCAGCCCCCGACCAAGCACGACGAACGACCCAGCGCGGGUUCUCAUCACCGUGCGUCGAAAAGUUACGUUCGAAGCGCGCGUCCGGCUUCACGUCGACAAGCCUCCUGUCUACGUCGGGCGGUACAAGUCCGAGCAGUCGGCCCGCGAUGCUUGUGCCCGCCUCCUGCAAAAGACUCUCGAGAGCACUGCCAAGAAUAGGUUAAGUUGAGGCUAGACUACAGACGGGGGCGGCAUCUCGAGUCG